AGCACAUCACGAUAAGUACUUCCUGUUAAAAAAAAGUCAUCAUUUUUUUGUGAUAACAAAAGAGAGGAAUUCGUGUAGACUGACCAGAGUCCGCGGAUUUUCUCUCUUAAACUAUUUUUUGGCGUUUAAAAUUUUUAUCGGAUUUAAUCUCAACAACCACUGAGCAAGAUGACUGAGGUUCACAACUUUGGCACUGAAGCUGUAACAUGCCAUGCUUGGAAUAAAAACUGCACCGAAUUAGCUUUGUCUUCUAACAGUACCGAAGUUAAGGUCUACAAGAAGACCGGUGGAGGCUGGCAGGAGUAUGAGACAAUGACGGAACAUGGACAAAAAGUAACCAGCAUUGAUUGGGCUCCAAAUAGUAACCGUAUUGUCACAUGCGGAUCAGACCGUAAUGCCUAUGUUUGGAAUUACAACAAUGGGAAGUGGACCCCCAUUCUGGUUAUCCUGCGCUUCAACCGGUCUGCUACAGUGGUUAAGUGGUCCCCUAAUGAAAACAAGUUCGCCGUUGGCAGUGGUGCACGACUUAUUUCAGUUUGCUACUUUGAAGAAGAGAACAACUGGUGGGUGAGCAAGCACAUUAAGAAACCAAUUCGCUCUACCAUUACAUGUUUGGAUUGGCAUCCGAACAAUGCUAUGCUAGCAUGUGGCUCCACUGACUUUAAAGCCAGAAUCUUCUCUGGUUUUGUGAAAGAUGUGGAAAGCAAACCUUCCGGCAGUCCUUGGUGGGAUGGGAAGAUGAGUUUUGGCACCCUGAUAGCAGAGUAUUCGAAUGGUGGAGGCGGUUGGGUACAUGAUGUGUCUUUCUCACCGAAAGGAGACAAAUUGGCCUGGAUUGGACAUGACUCCAGUAUUUCUGUAGUGAAUGCGAAUAAUGGUCAAAAGGUUGCUGUCAUUAAGGAAAAGUUUCUUCCUUUUAUUUCUUGCACAUGGGUGUCCGAAGAAAAUAUCGUGGCAGCAGGGUUUGAUUGCUGCCCCCUGAUGUUCAAUUAUGCCUCUAAUGGUAACCUACGUUAUGUUUGCAACUUGGACGUUCCUAAAGAACAGUCUCUUGGCACCCAGAGUGCAAUGCAGAGAUUCCGAGACUUGGAUAGAAUGGCAUCGGGUCCUGAUGAUUCUUCGAAAUCUAUGAAGACUCUUCAUCAGAACGCGAUCACACAAGUGGUUGUCCAUACUGGAACUAAGGAAAGCUGCUCCAAGUUUUCUACUUCUGGAAUUGAUGGUAACCUCAUAAUUUGGGAUGUAAAGUCUUUGGAAAAAUCGUUAGCUGACAUGAAGAUUUCCUAAACAUUCACCGGUUAUUAUGGUCUUUCAACAGAGGGGAGCGCUGCUAUUUCAUACUCCUAAACAGUCGGUCAAAUGGAAAAAUCACCGACACGAGGGCAACGAAAACAAAUUAGUCACUUUGUAUCCCCCUUACUUUCUCUCCCCCCUCUCUCUCUCUUUUUCUACCUCUACUAGCAUGCUCUGUAGUUUUAAUCAUGUAAUAAUUUCUGAUCAGCUCUCUCUCUCAUUAUCCCUCUUUCGUCUCCAUCAACAAUAUUCUACCGGAUGAUGAUGAUAUAAUAAUAAUAAUAAUAAUGAUGAUAAUAAUAAUUGCAUACAGUAAAUAAAGGGAUGCAGUAAUAAUCA